GACAUUAGAUAUUUCGUAAACGUUGUUAAGUUAUGGACAAGAAACGAACAACCAUGCAAUAAAAACUAAAAAUAUUAUCUUGUUUCCGACAUAAUCCAUAGGGAUUCGAUUAGAUAAGGGAAAGGAUGGAGUAAUGUUGGACGUAUGAGACACAGAAGUGGUGUCCCAAAACUGGAUCCAGCACGCGUGACGAAUGACACGCGUAAGACCCUAACUAACUCUUGACUCUCUUUAAUAUCGAACGUGGCGUAGUUCUUGUCUUCAAUCUCUUAAAUAGAGAAGACGAGUUUGGCUUUUCUCAUACAGUGUCUUGUCUCGUUGUUGUCAUGGAAGAAGAACCCAUUCUUUCGAGAUUAGAUCGUAUUGAUAUCAUGGUGAGGAAGCUAGAGGAGAUGAGAUUAGGAAGCUCACGGAGAAGCUCGAGCCCAUCUACUCCGUCUAGCGGGACUCAGCCGUCGUCGUCACUGGAUCUGUCUUCGCCUAGGAGCAUAGGGAAGGUUCAGUGCCGUUCGAUGGAGCAAGUGAUGGAAGAGACUGAGAGGAAAGGAAGUUUGCUAGAGAGACUAAACAAUGUGGAGGAGCAAGUUCUUAAGCUGUGUUUACAUUUUGAAAAAGAGGUAGAAGAAGAAGAGAGAAAGAAAGAUGAUAAGAAGAAGAAGAAGGGAUUGAGAAAGUUCGUUGAUAAAGUAGUUGGAUCUUCUUCUCCCACGAAGAGCCAUUCCAAGAGCUGGCGUUGCUGAGCCAUUUUACUUUGCUCAUCUUCUUCCAUCAUCGAUGUAUAAUUCAUCUUUUUAUUUGAAAAAUGUGGUUUUUAUUUUCUUUUAUUGAGGACUCGUAUUAGACUGUUUGUUGGUGGAUUUUGAUGAAAUAAACAUACUUCUCGGAAACAA